CAGUACUUUGCCUAAACGGCCCUGCAACAUCUGUGCGCUCCUCGAGCAUUGCGCGAUUGGUGAGGUCGCUUCUUCGGACUCGAGGAUGGCUGUUAUCUUGCUCCUCGGCGCAUGCCAAGUUUUGAAGACAGCGCUGUCAUGACGCAAGCCCAGCACACCCAUGUACAUCGCCGCGUCUUGUGGCCGUUGUGUGUGGCCCAUAUAUCCGCUUCCCCUAUGCGCCACUUGCUUCCUCUACCUACUUCUCCUUGCGCAUAUAUGUGUGAUACCCAGCUGUUUUUGUUCUUCAAGCGUAUUUCUAGUAUCUCCAUUCAGCAUGUCAACUUUCAAACAUCCACGACUCCUUGGAGCGCUAGCACUCAGUCUUCUUGCCACAAUAGAAGCGCAGGAUAGCAAGAAGGGGUUUGCGUUUAUCGGAGAUACACAUGCUUCGGACAAUAAGCUUCUGUCGUCAGACAACAGCCCAAUUUCCUGGUACUACAACUGGAGCCCUAACCCAAACACGGAUCUGAUCUCCACCGGAUCCCUGGAAUUUGUCCCCAUGAUCCAUGGUAUUGAAGCAACUGAACAAUCUGGCACGGAGCGAAUGAUUAGCAGUCUCGACAAGUCAAGUACGCAUUUGCUCUCAUUCAAUGAACCGGACGGCACAACUGGCAGCGGAGGAUCCAGCAUCAGCCCAGAAGAUGCAGCAAGAUCGUACAUCGACUACGUCGUACCCUUCAGAAAUGGCUCAAGGGGUGGGAGAGAUUGGAAAAUCAGCCACCCAUCGACCACCGGCUCAGGCAACGGCUUGGAAUGGCUCAGAUCGUUCAACUCGUCCUGCUACGACAUCGAUCCUGAAAACGGCUGCCCAACAGAUUUCGUCGCUGUGCACUGGUAUGGCGACUUCGGCGGGCUAGCAAGCUGGCUGGGGACGCUCGAUGAAUUCUACAACGCAAACUCGACAAGCCAGUCGACUCUCAAGCUUUGGAUCACUGAGAUGGGCCUGCCGCAGCAGUCUGCAGAAAACACAGUCGGUAUGAUGAAUCAGGCAUUGCCAUAUCUUGACGGACUCGACUACGUUGAGCGAUAUGCAUGGUUUGGUGCGUUCAGAACGGAUGACGCUAAUGAGUGGACGGGCGAUGGUGUUGCCUUGUUCGACGAUGAUGGUGGUCUGACAGAGCUUGGUGCGCUGUAUAUGGGCGAGGGCUUUAAAGAAGGUCAAAAGGGCGAAGGGUCUGGUGCUGGAAUGCUCAGUGUUAAUCUGGUUGCAGUUGUGGCGAUGGGGUUGUUGAGCGUGCUGACGAGCACGUUAUGAUCGUUGCCACAGAUGUGUUGUGGCUCAUUUUGAGCGUUGGUAGCAGAUACCCAUGAGUUCAGCGUAGAUACAAUGCGUGCUUUUUAUAUUUGCA